AUUGGGUUAGGGUUCUUGAUCCAAGCCCAAACCAGAACCGUAACCUAAAACCCCAACCGCAGCUCACGGUCUGACUCCUUCGCCAAAACCCAGUGCCUCGUUUGCGACAACAACGCAGUUCUUGCACAGAGUCCAAAAAUGGGAGGUAGAGGAAGAUCUCGCACUCAGAGAAGGCACUUCAAGCAGAGCAGGGACAACGUUUGGAAGCGCCCCAAGUCCGACCCUUCCUCUGACAACAACAACAACAACAACAACAACAACAACGAAAAUGACAAGCCCAAUUGGCAGCCGUUCGCCACCCAAAACCCCACCUUUGAUGAAUACUAUAAGGAGCAAGGGAUAGUGUCCCCAGAAGAGUGGGACUCCUUCAUGGAAGUUCUUCGAAAACCAUUGCCUGCGGCUUUUAGAAUCAAUUCAAGUAGCCAGUUUUGUGCAGACAUCCGAUCACAGUUAGAGAAUGACUUUAUGAAAUCUCUUCAAGCUGAGGUCACUGAUGGCGAAACGGAGGCUAUUAGACCAUUGCCUUGGUACCCUGAGAAUCUUGCUUGGCAGUCAAAUUUUUCCCGCAUGCAGCUGAGGAAGAACCAAACUCUUGAGAGGUUCCAUGAAUUCUUAAAGCUAGAAAAUGAAAUUGGAAACAUCACAAGACAGGAGGCUGUCAGCAUGGUACCUCCUCUCUUCUUGGAUGUACGUCCAUAUCAUUUUGUGCUUGACAUGUGUGCUGCACCAGGGUCAAAAACAUUCCAACUUCUUGAGAUUAUACACCGAUCAACCAAAGCAGGAUCACUGCCUGAUGGAAUGGUUGUGGCAAAUGACCUUGAUGUCCAAAGAUGUAAUCUUCUCAUCCACCAAACUAAAAGAAUGUGUACUGCCAACCUGAUAGUCACAAAUCAUGAAGCUCAACAUUUCCCUGGCUGCCGUUCAAACAGAAAUUGCUCUAGGUCUUCUGAAAGAGGAAUGGGAUCUCAGCCGAGCAUUAGUCAACUUAUCUUUGAUCGUGUCUUAUGUGAUGUUCCUUGCAGUGGGGACGGUACCCUUCGCAAGGCUCCUGAUAUCUGGAGGAAAUGGAAUGCAGGAUUGGGCAAUGGCGUCCAUGGCCUUCAAGUUCAGAUAGCUAUGCGAGGUGUAUCUUUGCUUAAGGUUGGUGGGAGAAUGGUUUACUCAACUUGCUCAAUGAAUCCAGUAGAGAAUGAAGCUGUGGUUGCUGAGAUUUUGCGGAAGUGUGGAGGUUCUCUUGAACUUGUUGAUGUCUCUUGUGAGCUCCCCCAACUUGUUCGCCGGCCGGGUCUUAAAAGUUGGAAGGUACGUGACAAGGGCACCUGGUUAGUGUCCUACAAAAAUGUCCCUAAGUACCGCAGGAGUGUGAUUGUUCCCGGCAUGUUUCCCUCUGGCAGAAGCUAUGUGGAGCCGACUGAGAAUAACCAUGACAUGGAAUUGGGAGAAAAGCAUGAGAAUGGUGGUAAUGGAAACUCUGAAGAUGGGUUCAAGCCAUCAGAGGAUCCUGUUGCUCUAGCUGAUGAAUUGGAUGAGGAAGUUUGUAAUUUUCCUCUAGAACGUUGCAUGAGGAUAGUGCCUCAUGAUCAAAACAGUGGAGCGUUUUUUAUUGCUGUAUUCCACAAACUUUCCCCCCUUCCAGCCAUGCAGGAGAAACCCCAUAUUCUGCAAGGAGAUGAUGAGCCAUGUGUUAAAUCACCGAAUCAGGUUACUGAAGAUACGAUAGAAUUGGAGGUUAUAUCAGGAGAUGGUACAGAUGAGAAAUUUUCAGAAGCAGCUUCAGAAGCUGAUUUAAUUGAUAAUGAACCAGAUGGGGCUGCAGUGGAACCUCAUAUCUGCAUUACAGGUGAAGAGCAUAAUUCAGAGGAAACACAAGCACCUGAUCAUAGGGAAACUGAUCCCAAGAAAGCUGGAGGUAAAAGAAAGUUGCAGAUUCAAGGCAAGUGGAAAGGGGUUGACCCUGUUGUUUUCUUCAAAGAUGAAGCCAUCAUCAAUAGCAUAAAGACAUUCUACGGUAUUGAUGAAUCCUUUCCGUUAAAUGGGCACCUUGUCACAAGAAAUAAUGAUACUAACCACGUGAAGAGAAUAUACUAUAUUUCAAAGUCAGUUAAGGAUGUUCUUGAACUGAGUUUCUCUGUGGGGCAGCAACUUAAGAUAACAUCCAUCGGCCUGAAGAUGUUUGAACGACAAUCAUCCAGAGAAGGUAGCUCUACACCAUGUUCGUUUCGGAUAUCUUCCGAAGGAUUACCACUGAUUCUCCCCUAUGUCACCAAACAGAUCCUCUAUGCAUCCACAGUGGACUUCAAGCAUCUUCUGCAAUAUAAAACUAUUAAAUUUGCAGAUUUCGUUGAUGCUGAGUUUGGUCAGAUGGCAUCAAACCUAAUGCUGGGUUGCUGUGUGAUUGUUUUGAGCAAAGGUAACAAAGAAUUGGAUCAUCCUACCCAAGUGAAUGAGUCAACAAUAGCCAUUGGAUGCUGGAAGGGUAGGGCCAGUUUAACUGUAAUGGUCACUGCAAUUGACUGCCAAGAACUGCUAGGAACGCUUUUGAUGCGGAAGGAGACUGAGUCCGAGUCCGAGCCCGAAAACAGCUCUUUGGUGCUGGAAGAGAAAUCCUAUGUUGAGGCUAACAAAGUACAGGACUCAAAUGACAUAGAAAAGAAUGAGCACGUGGAAAGUACUGAACUUCCAACUUCAAGUUGAAUUCGCUUCAAAACAUGUCUUUCUUUCCAUGUACGGGUAAUCUAGUCUUGGAUCUUAUCACGAUUAGUAUGGCAGAGUCCCUUUGUCUUGCUAAUUGCUAUAUUCCAUUUUAGAGGAACUGAGUUCUUGCUUGUCAUGUGGACUCUGACUUCCUUACCAUGUGUUAAUGCAUUCUUUAGAACAAGAAAUUACAGGUUUUGCUGAAAA